AUGGCAUCGCGAUCACGAUCUCCAGUCCUCCGCAGCGAUGUCCUGUUUCCUGCUCUUCUUCAGGUGCUCGGCGGACGAGCGGGGAGGCUACUAAUUCUCGUUUCAUUUGUGACGCUGCUCGUCGUAUAUGUGCAUUGGACAGAAGGAGAUACAUCGCCCUCGGACAUGAUGCGCUCAAUGCAAAUGCGCGACACCCUCCUUCGGACCCAAACCGAAAUGCCGCACUUCCUAUCACCAGAACCCACCGCAGCGACUCUGAGCGCAGCCGAUGCAUCAACGACUUCAUCUACGACAUCAAAAUGGAAGUCCAAGUCCACAUAUCCAGACAGAUCAGACAGCAGACCAGUACAUGUUCUGGUGACAAGCAAUGAUCGGAACGUCUUGCAAUGCAGGCAGAUGCUCUCUUCAUUCGCUGCGGACUACCCUCCUCUCACGAUGGUCGCAUCCAUAGAAACGCCUCCAGACGAUGUCUCGUCAAACCAUUCUGGCACAGGAAUACCGCGAAUACAAGCACUACAUCGGUAUUUUGAAAGAGAAAAGAGCAUCCGUGAUAAUGAUUUGUUACUCAUCCUUGAUGGACACAACUCCUUAUUCCAAUUACCACCAGAUGUUCUCAAGAAACAGUACAGCCAAGUAGUGGAGGCAGGCAACACGAGAAGCCGUGAUAGAUACGGGCCGGAGAAGAUGUUGCGCGGAAUCAGCUUAACGGCCGCAAAGUACUCACAGUCGGUGAUUUUUGCAGCCAGCAAAUCCUGCGAGGAGAAUGCCAUCGAGGAUUUAGCCUGCGCUGCAGCCCCAGAGCCACCGGAAUUCCCCAGUCCUAUUGCGAACAAGACGGUGGUUGCGGACUUCCACGGAAUUUACAAACCACCGAGAUUCUUACACUCGACCAUGUUCAUGGGACCGGCUCGGCAUAUUCGAACACUGGUGAAGGCGGCAGUCGACCGGGCUGAGCGCAAUAGCGAGCUCUCAAUAUCUGAUCAGAUGCUGUUUGCCUCACUUUUUGGGCAGCAAGAGUUGGCUCGAGAACAAUCCCGGCAUGCUAGCACACGCUCUCCUUGGAGUACGUUCAUGGAAGGGUUGUUUCCAUCGAAAAACGCGUUUGAGUAUAGGCAUGAGAAAAUAGAGACACCCAAACCCGCCCAGCUCAAUCCGGACGUCGAUUACGAGCUGGCCAUCGGCCUCGACUAUUCUGGCGCUCUGUUCCAAACCGUCUCACCCGAUUUUCCCGAAGAACUUGCCUAUAUCGAGCACACUCUCAUCAAUGGAGACGAACUGAGCCUUCCGCCGUCCCUCAGUACUUCCAAACCACCCUUCGCAAACCUGAUCCCUCAAACCCCUAUUAUCGCCAGAGAACACGACAUCCAGUCUCUCCUAAUCAAACCAUUUUCGCCUCCGCAGGAUCACCCCGCUCCUCCCACUCCUGACGACGAGCAUCCUUCGAUCACGGAUACGACACCCGUUAAACCAGAUCCACUCACAUCCUGGGCAGCUCUCGAACUUGCAACCAACACUUUCACAAAGGCGGUUCCCGCCAUUAUUAACACUUCUCCCGCCGACCGCCCCGGCCCUGAGCAGCCUGACGACUGGGAGCGAAUGUGGUACCAUCCACAUCUACGGGCCAUCCUGGAGCAAUAUAUGAAGCGCGGAUUUGGCGGCAGCCGCUAUGCGAAGGAGAGGAUGGAAUUAGUGAAGCUCAUGGCAAACGGAGGGAUCCCGAACCCGUUUCUUGAAAAUUUGUAUGGGCCGACUAGCGGGAUCCAUGAUCGAGGAGGUAGGGGCGGUGUAUGGACGGACACUGGGCUGUGGCAAGCGUGGGGUGCAGUUUGCACUGCUUCGGAGUUUGCGGAGGGGUUAUUUCCGGAUGGACAGUCUGCAGAAAGCACACCAAAAGCGAAACGGGCUCACGGACUUCGAACGACACCUAGACCAUAUCACGCAUAA